ACAUAUUAGUUCAUUUUUAAAUGAAUUCAAUUUAGUUUGUAAAAUUCAGAAACCAAAAUUUAUCAGCUACAUUCUUCUUUGUAUAAGUUCUUGUUUCAAUUAUUAGUCAAUUAACAUUUCAAAUGGGCCAUGUUCCUUGCUAUGUUUGGAUUUUCCAUUUGCUAACUUUAUGUACAGCAAUUCUAAAAUUUUAAUAAUCCAAAAAAUAUUCCGUAUUUUGGGGUCUUUUUAAUCCCUUCAAAUUCAUGUCUUUUGGCAAUUCAGGGCUAGUUCUAUUAAGCAGCUGAGGCAAAAGUGGUUGGUUAGUUUUUUCAAUUUGAGCCAACACUUUGAAGAUGGCUGUUACCAAGGUCUUUGUUGUGUAUUACUCCAUGUAUGGACAUGUAGAUACUAUGGCCAGAGAAGUUCUCAAAGGUGCCGCGGCAGUUGAAGGUGUUGAGGCAACACUAUGGCGGGUACCCGAGACCCUCUCCGAUCCAAUAUUGGAAAAGCUGAAGGCCCCUCCUAGGCCGGAAGAUGUAACGGACAUCAAACCGGAACAACUUCUGGAAGCUGAUGGUUUUAUAUUUGGUUUUCCUUCUCGAUUCGGCAUGAUGCCAAGCCAACUGAAGGCAUUUUUUGAUGCCACUAGUGAGCUAUGGGCCUCCCAAGCACUGGCUGGCAAGCCUGCUGGAAUCUUUUGGAGUACUGGCUUUCACGGUGGAGGCCAGGAACUUUCAGCAUUGACAGCCAUAACUCAAUUAGCUCAUCAUGGCAUGCUUUUUGUGCCCCUUGGAUACACAUUUGGAAGUGGCAUGUUUGAGAUGGAUGAGGUGAAAGGAGGCUCAGCAUAUGGUGCUGGAACCUUCGCCGGAGAUGGAACUCGGCAACCUACCGAGCUAGAACUGCAGCAGGCCUUUUACCAGGGUAAAUAUAUGGCUGAAAUUGCAAAAAAGCUAAAAAUCUAACCUUCUGCAUAACAAAUUUAUUCAAGAAUGUCCUGUAGAGCAUAUUGACAAACCAUUAGUUUGUGUCAAACCUUGCAAGACAUAUUAGCAACGUGUAUAUAUAUAUGUUCUCAUUUCGAAGUAGUUUGUGCUUCAAGUUGGUGAAACAUGAGUUAGACGAAGUUCUAUGUUCAGAUAUGAAGAAACAAGUUCAUUAAAACAACUUGGUCAUGUUCAUUUUUAAUAGACCGUACCAAUAGCAACAAUUUCAAUGA